AUGGCUUCAAGCAAGAUGAUCACGAACAAAACUCCAACUGCAUCUGGAUGGACACUUGAAGGUGGCUAUGUAGAUGGAUUUAAAGGCAGAACUUAUCCAAAUCGUGUGAUUGGUUCGGAUCGAAAGCAUUCGUUGGAUUUGGUACUUUCGCUAAACGAACAAGAUGAGCCUUUUGUGUGCCAUUUAUUUUUAAGCGGAUUCACGGUACAUUUGAAUCCACCUGGUGAACAAAUAUCCGAAUUCCAACUUGGCUCUGACGUUGAGACUUCGGUCGACGUAAAAAUAACGAUAAAACCGAAACUAAAAAGUAUCUCAAAAGGUCUAAGUGCUUAUAAACCAAAUCAACGUCAAUGUUUAUUCAAUUCCGAAAAGCGAUUGCGUUUCUAUAACAUUUAUACGAAAAUCAAUUGCGAAGAGGAGUGUUUGGCGAAUUUCACCAGAAAUGAAUGUGAAUGCGUAAAAUUUUCAAUGUCAAGGGAUAAGGAUACAAAAAUUUGCGGUGCAGCAAGUAUUAAUUGCUAUAAAAUGGCAAGGAAGAAAUAUGAGUCUUAUGAUGGUAAACUAUUUCGUGACGAAUGUAAUUGUAUGGACUUGUGCAUUAAUAUUCAGUACGAUUAUGAAAUUAAAAAGAAUAAUUUGUUGAUGAUGAGCGAGAACAACACUGGAGGAUUUCAAAAGAGUCAUACAGGGAAAUACAUUACAAGCAUUGGCAUUGGAUUUAAGGAGACAGAAUUUAUAAAUACAGUCAAAAGAAACGAACUGUACACCUUUGCUGAUUUCUUAGCUAUUUGUGGUGGUUUGCUUGGUUUAUUUAUGGGCUUCUCAGCUUUGAGCUUCAUCGAGCUCAUUUAUUUUGCCACUUUACAUUUGUUCUGGAAGCUUCGAUAUUUAAAAGCGAAAAAUGCUGUGGCACCAACUCAACUAGUGAGGAAUGUGAGGCGACACCAAGAAGUUAAUGCCUGGAUGUAA